AUGAAUAUAUCAUUUAUAGGUGUAAUCAUAUGUUUUAUUGGAUCAUUUCUAGGUGCAUUAGGAGAUAAAUUUGUUCAUGAUAGUUAUAGUAAAGAUGAGAAUGAAAAUUAUAAAAUAUCAAGAAAAAAUUUAUGGUUAUUGGGAAUAUUAUUAAGUGUUGUAAUUGAUUCUUCUUUUACUAUGAUUGCUUUAUAUUUUACGUCGGCUGCUUUAGUUACUCCUUUUGCUGGUGUUCAUAUAUUAUGGAAUCUUAUUAUAACAAAUAUAUGUUUAAAAAUAAGAACAAAAUUACAUCAGUAUAUGGGUAGUAUAUUUUUAAUAUGUGGUAUAGUUAUAAUUAAUACGUUUUCAGAAAAAAAAGUGGAUAUUAAGAAUAUGAAUUAUUUAAUCAGUAUGUACAGUCAAACAAAAGUUAUCAUUUAUCUAAUUUGUGUUUUUUCUGUAAUAUUCAUUUUAUUAAUUUUGUGUUUAAUUCCUUUGUGUUUUCAUAACAUGGAUAAAUCGAAAUACCUCAAAAAGUUAAAAUUUUUUUAUUCUAGAAAAUUAGUUAUUACUCCCUCUAAAAAAUUAUAUACCAAUUCUUUUGUUCAAAAAAUUAAAAUAGAUACCAAAUCAUUCGAAAAAAAAUUUCUUCAUAGAAGUAAAAAUUAUUAUGAAAAUUCAAUUCAUUAUUCUAAUAGUAAUAAAAAUACUAAUGAUAAUUUAAUAGGUUUUAAUGUUGACAAAACAUAUAAUAAUGAUGAAAACAUAUUUAUUAGAAAGAAUAAUUCAUCUUUUUUAUUUAAAUCUGACGAUAAAAGUAAUUUAGAUAAUCAAAUGAAUAAAAAAAUAAUAGAAAAUUUAAAUUCUCUACCAAAUAAUAGUAUUGUAGUUAUAAAUAAACAAGAAAUUUACAUUAAUUUAAUGAAUAACUUUUACUCAAAAGAUUCUAUUAUAAAACUAACUAAAAAUAAAUUAUUUGAAUCAAACUUUAGGGAAGUAAAAAAAUAUGAUUCAACUAAACUUACGAAAAAAAAAAAUAUUUGUAAAAAAUAUUCUAAAGAUCAUAAAUUAUGUAAUAUAUUUAAUCUAAAAAAGAACUAUAAUGAAAAAGGAGAGAAAUACAAAUAUCCACUAUUUAAAAAAAAAGAUAGAAAAUUAAGAAACAAAAAGAGAAAUAGAUUUUGCUUAAUUUUAAAUAAUAAAAUGAAUAAAAAUACAGUUAAAAAAAAAGAAAAUAGUAGUUUGAAUUAUAAUGAUUUUUUUCAAAAUGAAUCAAAUAUUAGUGACAGAAAUGAUGAAGAAAAAUAUAUAAUUCAUAAUAAUAACCCUUUAUUAUUGUACAGUGAUUCACAAAAUUUAGAUUAUAAUGAAAAUAAAACAAGAAAAAAAAAUGAUCCAUAUGUAAAAAAGAAAGAGUCUUAUUAUUAUAUAGAUGGUCAUAGUACCAAUGAUAGUAAAAUAAUUGAAAUAGAUAAAGAAAAUGAUAUUCUAAUGUUGCAACGUAAAGAUAAUAAUGAAAUUGAUAUUUGUCUAAAUGGAAUAAACAAAGAAAAUAGUGAGGAAAAAAAGGAAAAAAAGGAAAAAAUAAGUAAAAAUGAUGAUUAUAAUGAAAGAAAUGAUAUUCCUUUAAAACAUCUUGUAAAAAAAUACGAUACUUCAUUAAAUAACACAAUAAAUGAAUAUGACAACAAUAUUAAUAAUGAUAUAAUUAAUAAUGAGGAUAAUAUUAAUAAUAGUGAUGAUAAUGUUAUUAAUAAUGAUGAUGAUGGAAAUAGUAAUAUUAAUCAAUUGCAAUAUAUGUCUUUUAUAACAGCUAUUUACAAAAUACCAUCAAAAUCCAAAAAAAUUUAUACUGAGACUAUAUAUUAUGGAAUUUAUUGUGGUUUUUUGUGUGGAAUAUCUGGGGGAUUAGUUAAUAUAUUUUUUGAACAAAUAAUAGGAGUAUUUUCACAAGAGAAGUUUUAUAUGUUUGAAAAUUUUCUUUCUUAUUUUUUAAUAUUCUUAGCUUUAUUUUGCUUAUCUAAUCAAUUAAUUUUUUUAAAUGUAUCUUUAUCUCAUUUUAAUGUUACUUCAGUUAUUCCUUUAAUUAUGUCUAAUAUUGUUUUUUUCAGUAGUUUAUCUACUAUUAUUAUGCAGUUAAAGGAUUGUAAAUUAAAAGCUAUAAAUGCUAUUUCAUUUUCUUUUGGUGUUUUUUUAGUUAUUUUAGGAAUACUAUAUUUGCAAUAUAAUAUAAACGAUAUAAUAAUAAAACAUAUAAAAAAAAAAAAGAAAUAG